AUGGCCAGCGACAAAAUAUUCCGUCACUUCGAAUCUGGACAGACCGCUUUGAUGCAGGAUGAGUGUGGUAACCUCACCACUGAUCGAGAUCGGAUUGUCGCCCUGAUGUAUGUGCCACUGAUUCAGAACCUGCUGUAUGCUUCAUACAAGCUGGCAACGAAGAUGAGCAACGAGGAACCUCUCAUUCAGCGCGACCGUGGCCAUGGAAUCUUUUUUGCCAAAGCCAUGCAGCCAAAGCUGGCCAGCUGUGCGCAAGAUGUAGCGGACAUUGUGGCCCGAAAUCUGCUCGUGCCAAAGAGCGAAGAGCCAAUGCAAGACGGAUAUGCAGAGGUGAAGCUCGCAUUGGAGCGAACCUACGACUGCCUGGGCCUGCAGUGCGAGGACAUCGGUGGGAUUUUGGAAGAUCCACUGUCCCAAGCCAACGUGAAGUAUGCUCCGGGAGCGGAGCCAUGUGGUUUCGUCGUCUUCGAUGCCUCAGCACCACAACCACAAGCUGGUGUCGAUGCCGGUGUUGUCGUGGCCGUCGUGCUGAGCGUGCUCGCUUUUGCCGCCGUUGUUGUACUUUUGGCCUGGAGGGUUGCUUAUUCUCGGGGUGCCGAACGGGCGCGAUUCAUCAUGAGGACACCGGAAGCCUCGCCGACGACGACUUUGCCUCCUGGUGGUGAGACGGUCAUUGGCAGUGUCAUCGGGACCAGAACCGAGGAGGUCCCUGUCGCUGAUGACGAAACAACUCUGAAGAUUUGA